UCACGUCGGUCGGUUUCAAAUUUUAAUCUCAAAAUGCCUCCAAACGUAAUUGAUAUACCAUUUCAACAAGACCCUGAGAAAGUUUAUAAUGGAACCGAGCUUGGGAAACCAGCUGAUUCCCAGCCUGCAGUAGCAGCUUCUCAGGAAAACUAUACACUGAAUAUUAUACAGUCGACUUUGAAUCUGCUGUCACACAUUUUUAUUGGAGUCACAGCUGGAGUGAGCUUACUGUUUGCGCUUCGCAAUGGUCUUCCAGUCGGUGCGACACCGCAACAUAUUAUUCUUUGUGUUUUGGGGUACCAACUUUUAAUGGCCGAAGCGAUUCUCAGCCUCAGUCCCCACAAUGGCUGGUCUUCAAGGCUCAAAUACGUGGACAAGAGGCGCGCACACUGGAUCCUGCAGCUUCUCGGCUCUGGACUAGCUCUGGCCGGUUGCUUCAUCAAGAUCCUGGACAAGAGUGUGCAUUGGAAUACUUUGCAUGGACAGUUUGCAUUGGUGUCCAUAGUGUUUACAACAGUAUCACUGGUAAAUGGCCUGACGUCGCUCUACGCGUACGAGCUCAGAAAGUUCCGCCUGCCACCUAACCUCUCCAAACUCACGCACAUCUGCUUCGGCAUCGUCGCUUUCGCCGCUGCAUCCAUCUCCCUCUGCUAUGGCUUCGACAAGAACAGUUUCAGAAACUGGGCCUCCAGUAACUUUACCACGGCAAUGAUCAGUUUUGUUGGCGCUUUAACAUUCAUUAUCAUCCUCAACCCGUUUAUCACCUUCUUUAGUAAGAGCAGAGGAUUAUUUAAAAAUAAUUAAUAGAAAUGUCGAAUCUCAGCCAAUUUCUCCCAUAUUAUAUUUAUUUAUGUAAGUAAUGUAAUCAGUGUAUGUACACUCAAAAUCAUAUUGAUAGACCAAAUAAAAUACUUAUCAAU